AUGGCUCGAAUACACUUUACCAGCGGUGAGACCAGUGUCUCCAAACCGGUCAAGAGAAUGCGGUGGGCUACGACUCGAAAACCUGGCCAAAGUGGAGUGAAGAAAAGACUCUCUCUGCUCCAACGGGUGCCCAAGGUGACCGUAUCAUCCUAUGAAGAAAAGCCGGACGGCCCCAAAAAUGCUGGUCUGAUCACCGACGAGAGUCCUCUCGGAGAACAGCAAAUACAAGAGGGAUCCCACGGGCGCAAGAUCUACGUCAAUUUACCUUUACCACCCGAAGCAAGAACAGAAGACGGCCACAUCAAGGCCCAGUAUUCGAGGAAUAAAAUCAGGACGGCCAAAUAUACCCCCUUAAGCUUCGUGCCAAAAAACUUGUGGUUUCAGUUCCACAAUAUUGCUAAUAUAUAUUUCUUCUUUAUCGUUAUCCUCAGUAUAUUCUCCAUUUUCGGUGCCUCAAAUCCCGGCCUUGGAUCUGUUCCUCUGAUCUUCAUCCUGACGGUGACUGCCAUCAAAGAUGCGGUGGAGGAUUGGCGCAGAACGGUGCUGGACACCGAACUCAACAACUCCCCCGUGUAUCGACUCGUCGAUUGGGACAAUGUCAACUCCUCUGACGACGACAUCUCUCUCUGGCGGCGGGUCAAAAAGGCCUGCACAAGAUCUGUCAUUUCGACCUACCGCUGGAUGAAGAGCCUGAGGAAAGGGCAACCUAAGCGCUCUGAAAAAGAUGCGGUCGCUGAACACCCCGGUUUGCACAGGAAUCAUUCGAUCGCGACCAGGAACACUCUUCGGAGCUCGAUCUACACGGAAGAGGGAGAAUCUUUCCAUUCUUCCCACAGUCAGACCGGUGAUGACAUUGCGAUGACUCCCGUACCAUCCCCCGGUUAUCGAUCGAGCCUCUCUCCAGAUGCCAAUGGCGGACCUCCGAGCAGUGCAUUCUCGUACGAAACCGCGGAUGAGGCUCGCGCUGCUGGAGACAAUGCACCCUCGAUGCUCCGGACGCAAAAUUCCUCCAAAAGAAAGAGCGUUGUCCCCCCUAAGAAGGACUAUGGCAGCGUGAUCAACCCUCACAAGGAAGUCCCCGAUACCGCCCGCUUCAAGAAAGACUACUGGAAAAAUGUCAAAGUUGGGGAUUUUGUCCGUAUCUACAACGACGAACCUGUCCCGGCCGACAUCGUCGUCUUGUCCACCUCUGACCCGGAUGGUGCUUGCUACAUUGAAACGAAGAACUUGGAUGGCGAGACAAAUUUGAAGGUCCGCCAUGCCCUUCAGGCAGGGCGCAGAGUCAAGCAUGCCAGAGACUGUGAAUUUGCCGAGUUCUUGAUCGAUAGUGAAGGACCCAACCCGAACUUGUAUGCCUACAAUGGAGUGGCCCGUUGGCAGCAGCAGGACCCUAAGAACCCUGACGCUCCCGUGCAUGACAUGGCAGAACCCAUUACCAUCAACAACAUGCUUCUACGUGGCUGCAGCUUGAAAAACACCGAAUGGAUUCUCGGAGUGGUUGUGUUCACUGGGGGUGAGACCAAAAUCAUGCUUAAUUCCGGUAUCACCCCCAGUAAACGUGCACGGAUGGCUAGGGACCUGAACUGGAACGUCAUCUACAACUUCAUCAUUUUGUUCUUCAUGUGCUUGGUUGCCGGUAUCGUACAAGGUGUCACCUGGUCCGAGAACAACAACUCUCUGAACUUUUUCGAGUUUGGCUCAAUUGGCGGCAAUCCCCCGACCGACGGCUUCAUCACUUUCUGGGCCGCCGUGGUCCUGUUCCAAAAUUUGGUGCCCAUUUCUUUGUACAUCACCUUGGAAAUCGUCAGAUCUAUCCAGGCCUUUUUCAUUUGGUCCGAUGUCCAUAUGUACUACGAAAGGCUUGAUUACCCCUGUACCCCCAAGAGCUGGAACAUUUCGGAUGAUUUGGGACAGAUCGAGUACAUUUUCUCGGACAAGACUGGAACAUUGACUCAGAAUGUUAUGGAAUUCAAAAAGUGUACCGUCAACGGAGUCCCCUAUGGCGAGGCCUACACUGAAGCCGAGGCUGGGAUGCGACGAAGGCAAGGAAUUGACGUUGAGGCUGAGGCUGCCCGGGUGCGUCAGGAAAUUGCAGAGGCACGCGUCGAGACGUUGAAGCUGCUCCGCAAGACCUACGACAAUCCUUACCUGCACGAUGACGAGCUCACGUUCAUUUCUCCCAACUUCGUGGCUGAUCUCAAUGGACAGUCAGGCGAAGCACAACAAGCGGCGGUGGAACAUUUCAUGCUUGCUCUGGCGCUUUGUCACACAGUAAUCACAGAAACAACUCCUGGUGAUCCACCAAAGAUCGAAUUCAAGGCCCAGUCUCCCGAUGAAGCUGCCCUUGUUGCAACGGCGCGAGAUAUGGGAUUUACGGUCUUGGGACGUACGAAUGAUGACCUCCACGUCAAUGUCCUUGGCGAGGAUCGAACCUACCGCAUUCUGAACACUCUUGAGUUCAACUCGUCACGAAAACGAAUGAGCGCCAUUGUGCGCAUGCCUGACGGCAGGAUCAAACUAUUCUGCAAGGGGGCCGAUAGCAUGAUUUAUUCGCGUCUCGCUCGUGGCCAGCAGCAGGAACUCCGCAAGGCAACCGCUGAAAACCUGGAAAUGUUUGCACGUGAAGGGCUCAGAACGCUCUGUGUCGCAGAAAGAGAUCUAGACGAAGACUUCUACCAAGAAUGGAACAAGGAUCAUGACUUUGCCGCUCAAGCCUUGACUGACCGAGAGGACCGCCUCGAAGAGGUAGCCGACAGAAUUGAGAGAGAACUUACACUCCUUGGAGGCACGGCCAUUGAAGAUCGUUUACAAGAUGGUGUUCCCGACACGAUUGCUCUGCUUGGCCAAGCUGGUAUCAAGCUCUGGGUCCUCACCGGCGACAAGGUCGAGACUGCUAUCAACAUUGGGUUUUCAUGCAACUUGCUCUCAAAUGAGAUGGAUUUGAUCCUAUUCGAUAUCCCUGAAGCCACACUUGACGAAGCUGCGAAGUUGCUGGAUCAACACCUCCAGACAUUCGGAUUGACCGGCUCCGAUGAGGAACUGGCGGCCGCCCGACUUAUUCACGAGCCUCCGCCUCCAACCCAUGCGCUAGUCAUUGACGGAGAAUCACUCAAGCUCGUUCUGCGAGAUGAGCUUCGGCAGCGUUUCUUGGUGUUGUGUAAACAGUGCAAGUCUGUGCUCUGUUGCAGAGUUAGUCCGGCACAAAAAGCCGCCGUGGUUCAGCUUGUCAAAAACGGACUGGAUGUCAUGGCAUUAUCUAUCGGUGAUGGUGCCAAUGAUGUUGCCAUGAUUCAGGAAGCCGACGUCGGUGUCGGUAUUGCUGGCGAGGAAGGCCGACAGGCCGUUAUGUCUUCCGACUAUGCCAUUGGUCAAUUCCGUUUCCUGCAGCGGCUGGUCCUCGUUCACGGUCGUUGGUCUUACCGUCGUCUCGCCGAGAGUAUUGCCAAUUUCUUCUACAAGAAUCUGGUCUGGACUGUUGCCCUGUUCUGGUACCAGAUAUACAACAACUUUGACAUCACUUACCUCUUUGACUACACCUAUAUCCUCCUCGUCAACCUGGCCUUCACCUCUGUUCCCGUCGCUCUGCUCGGUUUUCUGGAUCAAGACGUGAGUGACAAGGUGUCUCUUGCAGUACCCCAGUUGUAUCGACGCGGAAUGGAGCGAAAGGAAUGGACGCAAUUAAAGUUCUGGUUAUACAUGGCUGACGGCUUAUAUCAAUCUGUCAUCUGCUACUUUAUGGCUUAUCUUCUUUUCCAGCCGGCAACUUUUGAGACCGAGAACGGACGAGGAAUCGCCGACCGAAGCCGCAUGGGUGUCUAUGUCGCUUGUGUGACCAUCGUCGUAAUCAAUUCCUACGUCCUUCUCAACACGUACAAGUGGGACUGGAUCAUGGUGCUGAUCACCGUCAUCAGCUCUCUCUUGAUCUUCGCCUGGACUGGUAUCUACUCUUCUUUCGAAGCAUCCUUCCAAUUCUACAAAGCCGGAUCCGAGGUCUAUGGGCAAUUAACAUUCUGGGCAUUAACACUCCUGACAUUCGUGACAUGUCUACUACCUCGCUUCUGUUUGAAAUAUCUUCAGAAGAACUAUAUGCCCUACGACAUCGACAUUGUUCGGGAGCAAGUCCGGCAAGGCAAAUUCAAGUACUUGGACGAAUACGAGGCUUACGUUCCUCCGAAAGUCGUCGAUCUCUCUGGAACCUCAUCUGAACAACCUGAAGAAGUUCCUGUGGAGUCAAACGGGCAGCAGCAGCCUCAACACACACGCUAUGGAAGCAUGGCGGAAUCGCAGCGACCGAUCUACCCACCGUCGGAGGCACCUACCCGUCACCCUCACAGUCAAACGGGCAGUGAUGGCACGGAUAGAACCCAGCCUUCCUUCGAUAUCGGUGGAUAUCAUGGAGACUCGUCUACACCCGAAAAGUUGCGGCGGAGGAGACCCUCCGUAGAGCGUGCCCGCUCGUCAUUUGAGAGGCAACGCCAGUCCUUCGACAAGCUGAGACCAAGUUUCGAGGGCAGUCGUGAUUUCACCAGUGCCGCCAUGUUGUCAAGAAUGGAAUCUCAAUAUUCCCAACCUGGUCUGAGUGAGGUCAAUACUCGAGUGAUCCCAGAGGAGAACGUGUAG